AGGCGCUCCCCCCUCCCUUCCCCCCCGCGGGGCGGAGGUAUAAAGGGCCGCCCGGAGGGAGAGCGGACAGGCAGAGGCCAUGCAGACGAGCCAGCCCAGGUGUCGCAUGAGCGGGGGCGAGGCCGGGGGGGGCGGCGGCGGGGGGGCCAUCACGCUGGAGGAGCUGCAGGGGCUGGGCGACGAGGAAGAGGAGGAGGAGGAGGAGGAGGAGGAAGGCGACUGCCCCGAGCACGAGCAGGAGCAUGAGCAGCGGCUGCUGGGCUUCUGGCAGAGCGUGGCCAGGGGGCACCGCGUGGACGUCCCGCCCGAUAUGGCACAACCCAUCCAGCAACUAACCAGAAAUAACCACGGUCAGGGGAGAGAAAGCAUUUCGUUCACUGUGAUAAAACGCAAAGAAAAGUUUGGCAAAGUGCUCUAUGAGAAACGCCAUUACGCAAAGGGCAGGUGGGCUUGCGUCAAAGUGCAAGAAGACCAGUACGAACAGAGCGUGUGCCUCGGAUUCAUGAAGAUCAUGAAAUACAUUUGUGAGCAGAAUUCUUCAGGGCUAUACUUGGGGAUGACGGUUCCUAUCGUGACCGUAAUUCAUACUGGCGAAUCCACAUCGGACAUCACAAGAUUUGUGACAGUAGCCUACUACCUCCCUGGGGGGUUGCAGGAUCAGCCUCCAGAUCCCCACGACCCUGAUAUCAUCAUUGAAGAGUGGCCUCCAGCCGUGGUUUAUGCCAGGGGCUUCGGAGGAGUCACAAACGAAGGCUCAAUUGCAAGAGAAAUAAAUCUGCUGGCGGAACUUCUGGGAAACCCCGAGCUGUGCUUGAGAGACACUUUUAUCGUUGCAGGAUACACCAACCCAGCUGCUGCUACUCGACUGAAUGAAAUAUGGUUUCUUGAGAGACUGUAGCCGGCUUCAUAUAAGAACAUAAGAACUAGCCUGCUGGAUCAGACCAGAGUCCAUCUAGUCCAGCACUCUGCUACUCGCAGUGGCCCACCAGGUGCCUUUGGAAGCUCACAGGCAGGAGGUG